AUGGUUCUGAAUCAUUUUCAUAUAUAUCUUUCCAGUAAAGGACUACGUCAGUAUAUGUGUGAAUGCAACUACCACCAAGAUUUAUUUCAGCUAGAGGAUGUGUGCAAGAGCCAAAGAGCAUUAGACCACAUUAAGACCAGUAUCAACAAAAUUAAUAAGGUCAAAGGUAAACUAUUAUUAAAUCGCAAGAAAGAACUGUAUGGGGACAACCUAGAGCCCAAGAAGUGGGCAAGCAAUGAAAUUGCUUUUGUUCAAGCUAUGACAGCCCAGACAGGUGAAAUGCUGAAGGAAUCGGAGGAAAUUGCUAAAUAA